AGUGCGUAAGAAACCGAUUGGAAAGUAUUAUAUAUUCUACUUAGUGUAGGCCUGAUAUUAUUUAUAGUUGCAUUCUGUAAACAGCUAUGAAACCUGUGAAUAACGAACUUGGAAAUGUGCCAUCGAAAACAUCACAAUUUCUGACCAAAUGGCGUGAAGCAGCUUACAGAGAUCGUCUGCUGCAUACAAUAUGGCUGUUUCUAUCAUUCAUUUCAAUGGGUUUCAUCGCUGGACAAAGAGGACCUUCCUUUCUAGAUCUUCAGUUAAUAACAGAGACAGACACCGAACAAGCAUCGUUCUUCUUUACUGCGGCAGCUAUAGGUGGUCUUCUUGGAGCGUUAGUUGUCGGCGCCUUGUAUGAUAAAUUUAAUAAAAUACGUCUGAUAUUUUUGACUAACAUUGGUAUGGGUCUGUGUGUCGGUGUUAUUCCACAGUGUAAACAAUACUACCUCAUGUUGACGUCUUGGUUUUUUACUGGUUUUUGUAUGAGAGGACUUGAAGCAGGUGGAACGGCCGAUGUCGUUAGAGUAUGGAAAUCAGAAAGUCGGCCGUAUAUGUUUAUUGUUCAUCUUGGUUUUUCCAUUGGAGCCCUCAUAUCACCAUUGAUUACUGAGCCAUUCCUUGUUCCCAAAGAUUCACUCGUGCCUAUCGUACGUCCGACGAAACACCCUUACUAUCUCUGUCAACUUCAAUUUGAAACGCAUAAUAACAGCAAGUACGAACUAACGUAUAACAAAUCCACAUUCGAUCCGAGUUUAUGUGUCGGAUUCAAUCAAACAGAUGCUAACACCGAAGUAUGGGACAUUAAGCUUCAGUAUGCGUUCGUGAUUUCAUCAGUUCUGGCAGUCGUUACGUCCAUUCCGUUCUUGGUGAAAAGUUGCAAAAAAAUCAAAUCAAAAGAAGAACACAAUUUAGUGCCUGACGAAGUGUGGCCAGUACCACCAGUUCAUUAUGUUUUUUCUAUUCUGUUAGUAAUGUUCAUGUAUAUUUGUAACACUGGCAUCGAAGACGCGUUUUCCGCCUUUCUCAUGACCUUCGUAGUGGAGCAAUUGGAUUGGACUAAAAGCCAAGGCGCGUUAGUUUCCUCCACGUUUUGGGGAGCCUUGAUUACCAUGCGUGUUUUAGUGAUUUUUGUGGCAGAUCUACUAAGUCCCGCCAAAUUAAUUCUGAUUGCCAUGAGCUUCUUGGUGACGUCACUUGUAGGGCUGUUGGUUUGCGCGCAAUACUUUGUUCAUACCGGCAUAUGGGUGUUCGUUUGUGUAGCAGGCGGUGCCAUUUCAAUUUUAUUUCCCACUGGAAUAUCACUGACUGACCAGGAGCUGGUGCCAGUCAACGGAAAAGUUUCGUCUUUUAUUUUAGUUGCUGGAGCUAUAGGUUUAUUGUGUAAUCCUGUUGUCCUGGGUUUCCUUAUACAAGAGUUCUCUGCCCUUUACUUCUGCUAUCUGCUUUUAGCAGAAGCCCUGUUUUCCAUCGUAUUGAUUUUAAUGAUUUUGUUGUACGGUCGAACAAUUGUUAGCAAAUUACGUAGACGAACAGUUUAUGAAUACAGCGUCUCUCCACGUUCUAGCAUCAAUGAGAAAAUGAUGGACACCACCGAACCGGAAGGGGUUCCUGAGGGUUACGAGACUUCGAGCGUCAGGGAGAAAAUGAUGGACGUCACCGAGCCGGAAGUGGUUCCUGGAGGAUAUAAGACGGAAGAGAUUGUUUUAGUGUAAAGGUGCGUUUUUUAGUUUUCUGAUCAAGUGGUAAAUGUUGUGAAAAAUAUUGAAAUUCAGUUACCGUGUUCGUAUGGUUGUAUUGGUUGUUCAUAGACAAAUGUGUUACUAGACCUUGAAUGUGUACCUUUAAAUUUGUCCAACAGAAUAAAUCAUAAAACAAUGGC